GCGCUGGCCGCCAAGACCGGCGACAUCUUAGAGACCGUGGUCGAGUCCGCCCUGGACAAGGGCUCGGACAUCUUCGAGGCGGGCCUCGACUCGAUCGCGGGCAAGUUCGCGGACUCCUUCGGGGGAGGCCGCGGCGAGAGCGGGCUCCUUCAACAGCGCGGCACGCCGGCGGUCUCCGAGGCCGUGCGGAGGCUGCAGCAGCGCAGGCAGGAACGCAAGAAGGUGUCCUUGCUUCAGUGGCAGGACCGGGCGGAGGCCUCCGAGCUCGAGGAGGCGGCGUGGGCGGACCUCGCGGACGGCAUGCAGGAAGCGGACAGCGUGGCGCAACAGCCCGGCUUCGUGGACAAGCUGCCGGCCGCCGUGUCGGGCGCGUGGGAGGCCAUCGUGAACUUGUUGAGGUCCCUCAUGAACCUGAUCCCCGCGGCGGUGCAGGUGCUGAAGAACGCGCGCCGCGAGGUGUCUGCGUUGGCUUCGAACUUGCACAACACCUUCACGACCUUCCAG